AUGUUUGUGUCUUUUCCUCAGCCACCACGUGAAAGUGAGAGCAGUCAGUCCUCAUUGCAACAGCCUCACAUAGAAGUGGAAGAAGAACAACGUGAGGAAGCAUUGAACGAGCGAGAACCACCGGAGUUCCCGUUUUGUGCAGUGGAAGUCACGCAUUCAGAGUUCUCUAAACCGCAGCGCAAAAUGAAGACAGAAAAAAAGAGUCAGAAAUCCAGUAACAGAGGGACAUUUGUGGUCUCAGUGGCCAGGGAAAGCCUCUUCUCUAAUGGAGCGGCACCACAAGUCGAUACCCUAGAGCAGGACUUAAUGCCUUCUACUGAAACAUACGAUUGUGAGACAGGAGACCCGCCAACAGCCAUGGCGGCUGGUAAUGAUCUAGAUCAUUCAGAAUCCAACCUGCACAGUGAUGGAGACCGUAUCAAGGAAACGCCAAGCUCCUCUAAGCGUCGUUGGCAGGCCACCAUGGACGGAGAAGCCCUUCAAGAGGAUUUGAGUUGCAAUGAGGACCUCGAGUUACUGGCGCUGGAGCAAGACCGCACUUCAGCAUCAGAGUGUCAGAUAUCUAAAAAAGCCAGGAGAGAGGAAAAGAAGAAGAAAGGGCAAAGGGAAAAGUGUGUUGACCAUUUAAGUGACAGAAAAAAGAAGAUCAAAAGUAGCAUCAAAAGAAUAAGAUCUAAAAAUGAAGCGUGUUAUCUUGAGGAAGGCGGGGAUGCCUCACCUGUCCGUUGCGAUGACGGUCCUGAGAGAAACGAGGAACAAUUAGACGAUUUACUAAUGGCUGACUCGCGUGCUCACAUAAAUGGAAAGGACGACAGCUUUGACCAUUUAUUUGAUUCAGAACCAAACGAGUCAAAGACCGGGAUGUCACAGAAUCCAAAGUGGUGUAGAAACACUCCCAAGGUGCACACAUCCACAGAAGGCCAAAAGCCAAGGGAGACGUUUGUCGUCUACCGGCGGAAAACCCAAGACAUUGUUACAUUCAACAACAAGAGAACCACUCGCGUGUUACACAAGCUGGACACCAGGGAGGAGGCGGAUAAGGACCUGCUGACGGACGAAAUGCCGCCAUGGAUGGACGCAGAUGUCCUGGAUGACACUGAGAUGGACUCUUUACUCGCCACUCCCAGGAGGAAGACAUCAGGCCGAGCGGCAGUGAUCCAAGAGUCUCCUGCGGUCACUGAACCCUCUCAAGCAGGGAGAGUCUUAACAUCACUGACCAACACCAUUGCCACCCCAGAGAAUAAAAAUGGAGGCAGGAGCCAGAGACGGAAAGGUGUUGUCAGCUACAAGGAGCCGACCAUCAACUGCAAAUUGAGGCGUGGAGAUAAAUUCACCGACAGCAACUUCCUGAGUUUGGUGUUCAAGGAAAAGAAGAAGAAGAAGCCGAAGCAGAAGAAGAACCAGAACCAGCCUGAGAGAUCCGUUUUGGUCGACUGAUUCUUCCCUUUUGUUGAUUUUAUUUUGAACCUGGUUUAUUUCAAAUUGUUGUUUUUUUUAUUCCUCUUAAUAAAGACUAUUGAUCAGUC